AUGGGGUAUCACAAUAAUAGCACCGUGCAAUCUAACGAUGGUAAUUUUAAGAGAGUUCCUUUGAGUGAUGUCUCAAAUAAGGUUCAUUAUAUUAGCCAUGACCAUAAUAUUACAAGUGGUAAGCAGACUCUCUCUAAAAGUAAACAAACAAGCUAUGUUGGCAAUGAAUAUAAUCUUGGAGUCACUAAGGAGAAUGAUGACGAAAAUAUAAAUGCAUUUGUAAAGUGGAAAGAAGAUGACCGUGAUAUAGAUUUCGAUAUACUAUCUGCUGGCUCGGAUAAAUAUAUUGAUAUUGAUAAGAGAAAUAUAGGUAAACAUACUCACACUGGCAUAUUAUCAGAAUCUUUAUCGAGUAGUAGCAAAGGUGAUUUAUAUGAAGAAUUAGUAAACGAUCCUUACAAUGAGUUGAAACAUUCCAAUGAUAUUGAUUCAUAUGAAAUUGAUCAAAUUGAUCAAAGAAGCAUUACUAGUGAGAAUGAUCUUUCUUUCCAAUGUAAUGAUCCAUUGAGACCAAUAUAUAAUUCGGAAAUACAAGAUUUAUUAGAUUCUGCAUAUAAAAAAUGUCAUAAACCGUUUCCAGAUUUACAGGACCAAGAUACUUAUGACGUUGUGAUGGUGGUUGAAUACUCUGAUGACAUUUUCAAGUACAUAAAUGAACUUGCCAUGAAAUUAUCUCCAGAUCCUUACUAUAUACGGAAUCAAAAGGAAUUAAAAUGGUCAUACAGAAGUAUCUUGAUUGACUGGAUCAUAAAUGUGCAUCAAAGAUUUAAGUUAUUACCAGAAACUCUAUUUUUAACAAUAAAUUUAAUCGAUAGAUUCCUAUCAAAAAAGGAAUGCAAAUUAAAUAAGUUUCAAUUAGUAGGUAUAACUGCUUUAUUUAUCGCUGCAAAAUAUGAAGAGAUAAAUUGUCCAACAUUAAAUGAUUUGGUUUACAUGUUGGAUAAAGCUUACACCGGAGAUGAAGUCUUAGAAGCUGAAAUGUACAUGAUAAAUACUUUAGACUUUGAGAUAGGCUGGCCUGGUCCAUUAUCGUUUUUAAGAAGAAUCAGCAAAGCUGACAACUACUGCUUUGAAAUAAGAACUUUAGCUAAAUAUAUAUUGGAGUUGACACUAAUGGAUCCGAAACUCAUAGGAGCUAACCCUAGUUGGUUAGCUGCAGGUGCAUAUUAUCUAAGUAAAAUUAUUUUGGGUUUCAUUACUUGGUCAUUAGAGCAUGUAUAUUAUUCUGGAUAUACACAAGAGCAAGUAUUCCCGCUUGCAACAAAUAUUUUAGAGAUCUGUAAAGAUGCAAAAUCAAAUUGUGAAGCAAUUUGGACAAAAUACUCUCAAAAAAAAUAUAGUAGAGUCUCCACAACAGUUGACAAGUGGAUCAACUUAGCAGAAGAAAAACUAUCAGAUCAAGAGGAACCUGAUGCAUAUUAG